GCAGACGGCAGGCCCGGCGCCACAGGCCUGCCCGGCCCCCCUGGAAAGCCGGGCGAAAUAGGACCGAAAGGAGUAAAGGGCGACUACGGCGAUAUGGGCUCGCCCGGUAUGCUAGGCGCGCCAGGCCUGCCCGGCCCGCCCGGCUAUCCCGGACUGAAAGGCGACAAGGGCGAUAAAGGAGACUCGAAGUACAGGAAGCUGAGAAGAAGACAGGGAGACGGCACCGGCUACGAGCUGUACGGACAUGAAAUGAUGAUGGGGCCACCGGGCGCGCCGGGCGUGCCGGGGGCGCCGGGCGUGGCAGGCCCUCCCGGUAUCAAGGGCGACAAGGGCGAACCGGGCGCACGGGGCAAGGCGGGUGAACGAGGCGAAAAGGGAGACGCGGGGCCAAUGGGACUACCGGGCCCCGUGGGGCUGCCGGGUGAGUUGCUUGCCGCUAGCCGCUAG